UACAUAAAGUCAAUUGGUCAAAAGUCGAUCUGUGUAAACCUAACAAAAAAGAAGAGAAGUUUGUUUUUGUUUUAUCACAUAUACAACUGCAUUACACUCAUUCGUAAACAACAGAAGAAGACAAUCAACUCCUGUUUUGCACAUAUAGAACUCGAGUGAAUUUGCAUUGAGACAAACUGGUUGCACGUAAAUGGAAAGCUCUUCGGUUGUAGAUAAACGAAAAGACACUAAUGGAUAAUAUUGAUGUGAACUAUGGACCGCUGCACACGAAUCGACAUCAAGUCUUAGCCAAAUAUAGUACGGCACUCAGACAAUUGCGUGCAUUUGCCGAGAAACACUAUGAGGUGCGUCCUUUUGUCUUCGAUAACUUUGUGCUCUUCCAAUACUUUCAACAAAGCUCCAGUGAUAGUAACAAUGAAUCGUCAGGCGGUUCCGGAUCGGAGGAGAGAGCCAGCCGUGUUGGCAUUAUGGGGUUUUCACCCAUGAAUUAUCUGAAAAUGGAAUUGCUCAAUCACAUACUGGAUCGUAAACGGCAAAUUUUAUACUAUAUAUUUUUUCUGAUCUUGGCCCUGCUUUGCUUCUUUGUGUACCGUCAUGAGGUGGCGUCGUCCGAACGUAAUAUGCAAUCGUCGAUAGUUUAUCCCGGUAUGCGUAUAUGGCGUCGUAUGACAUUGCCGUUGAUACAACGAUUUCCACGAUUAACUGAACUCUACGAUGAGUCCUGUCUCAUGGGUAAUCCAUUUUUUCAAGUGAUGGAUGAUCUAAGCUGUUCGACGUGUGCCCAUGUCGAUGGUGUCAUCGAUUUGACCAACACCAUGGAUAGUAUGGGAAUUAGUGAUGAGAAGGAUGGAAGUAAUGAAAGCGAGGGUGGAGCAGAUGCCUCUGCGUUGAACAAACUGUUGUAUUCGGAGUAUGUGCCUUUUGUGUUUAAGAUAAAUCAAGAGCCCAUUGAACUUGAAGAUUUUCACAAAAUAUUUGUGGACAAUCAGGAAAUCUUUCGUCGUGAUGCAUAUCGGGUUCAAUCGACAAAUCGAGAUAUUAACAAUCUUGAUGAAUUGUUUAGCCAAUUCAAUCAGACAGUGAAACAACAAGCUCAUAAUUUAUGGCGUUGUAAUCGCAUGAUACCAGCACGUCUAUUGCGACAGCUGAUACCGAGACCAGCCAAGCUACCAAGUAGUUUGGCCCUAGAAAGAUUCAUGGCAAUUGAUACAAUUCAAGCCCCAUCAUAUACUCUACCAGACACUGAGUGUCCUCAUGUAUACAUUCAACAGGCAUUGGGUACACGUUUCAUAAUACUCCGACCAACCAGUGAGUGUCGUCAUCGUUGUCGUACACUAUCCAUGCGUUUGCCACAAUCUUUUGUCUUAAGUUAUAAUCGUUAUUGGAAACCGAUCUCUGCCCCUGAUCCAGUAUCGGAUACCAUGUCUAUCAGUCUUAUUGGAUCUUAUUGUUAAAUUAAACCAAAUACAAUAUUAUGCAUAUAUGUUUGCACAUAUGGGAAUCUUAAUAACAAAAAGCUACCAAGUUACCCGGGAGGCAGCUUAUGUUGUGUUUUGAUUUUUGGUGUUUUGAAUCCGAUAUAUGCAAAUCCAUCAACAUCAAAUUGCAAAUUUUUUUAAAAAUGUCCUAUCAUCAUCUCAACACAAAAGCAACUACACAUAAAUAUUUUUAAUUUACAUAUGUGUUCAGUUGAUUUCCCUUUUUAGGAAACCACAACAAAAAAUUCUAGCAGUGUUUUAUUGUUGAAAGAAAAGAAAUUAGUUUUAAUUAAUAUCCAAAUUGAACACUAACAUUAAGAAGCCUAGUAUAGGUUCAUCUAAGAACGAGUCCAAAAUUAGCAAUGACAUUUUUUAAUACGAUAAUGAAAACAAAACAAAAAAACAAUUGGAAUACAUUAUUUAGAAACAAAAUAUUUUGCUUGAAUGUCAAUUAAGUUUAUUUUGUUUACAACCACUAUAGGAACUUAGUACUAGGCUUUUAACAAUUUUAUAACCAAUUAAAUGUUUAUACCUACUAUA